AUGAACAAGCAAACUUCAUGCGCCAAGACUAUCGUCGAGACCCUCAAGGGAAAGACACUUCACGUCCCGAAUCUCUACGGUAUCUUCAAAGGAUGGCCCGUCAAGAAGACCAACCUUCACUACAAGCGCAUCAUUCCCAUUGUCGAGGAAGCGUUUGACCGGCUCAUCAAGUCGCCCCUUCUCCGUGAGAAAUAUCGGGAGGCCAACUACGCCAGAUUCGUCAGCUUGUAUUACCCUCACCCAGAUUGGGAACAAGUUCAGACUCUGGCACUCUACAUCAUCUGGCUCUUCUGCUGGGAUGAUGCGAUUGACCAACAGAGCAGCGACGACCUGAGCAACGACCUGCUUCGCGCCAAGACUCGUCAUGACAACACAAUAGUAGUUCUGGAGCAUGUUCUAGACCUUGGCUUUGACGAUGGCUCGGCGAUCCAGUAUGAUCAUGCGAAUACUGAGCUGAAGGCAAUCGGAGCGCAGCUACGGAAGGCAUACACCCAGCAGAGACAGACCUUCAUGACCCAGAUGAAGCGAUAUAUCAACAACUGCCACAAGGAGCAGACUAUGCGUCUGCAGGGCGACUUGCCCGACCUGCAGGCAUACUCAGAGCUCCGGCAUGGGACGGCCGCAGUGUGGACACUUUGCGCGCUCAUUGAGUACGGCUUGGCGGAGAACAUGCCAGAGCAUAUCCGCUACAUGAAAGAGGUCCAGACUAUCUGGGAGGAGACCAGCAGAGGCAUCUGGAUUACCAACGACAUACUCUCUCUCAAGAAAGAGAUUCCCCAUGAUGCCGCCAAGGCAGAGAGCGUCGUGAACUCCGUGCCCAUCCUCAUGGGUGAAGGCAAAUCGCUACAGCAGGCUGUCGACGCUUUGCUCACUGAGCUCCAGGACUCUGUCGCCAUCUUUGAGCUUGCCGCCUCCAUACUCGAGGAAGCCGCUGGAGAGAAGAACCAGGACAUAAUCAGAAAGUACUGCGAUGCUUGUCGUUGCAUGGUGACCGGAUCAGUCCAGUUCACGCUUGAGUCAACCAGAUAUAAGCUGGCAGGCUGCAUGAACAAGGAUGGAUCCUUGGAUAUCCUGCUUUAA